UUUUGUAGUGUAGUGUAGUAACUUGAGCAAAAGAAUGUUGUUAUUGUAGUGUAGUAACUUGGGCAAAAGAGUGUACUAUGUAGCUUCUUAAGCAUUCUUUGAGUAAUUGCUGAUUCCAUGCAUCAGUCAACAAUCGUUAUAAUUUAGUUAUUAAGGGUUUGACGCUACAUCAUGAAUUCAAUUUGAUAUUGAAGUAUUUAAUUAUAAUGAACAUACAUCUUAACUUAUAUAUAUUUCUUCAGCAAAUUAAGAGGCACUAAUAGUUUGGGUUUACAUUUGUUUCAUGCGUCUUUUUAUUAUAAACGUUAGCAUCCAAAUUUCGUUUAAAAACAUGUACUCAAACCUGGGAUUGUUGUUCGUCGCCUCAGCUUUCCGUAAGUAAGCCCGGACUGUGUUUUCUUGGUUCUCAUCAAACAUUGGAAUCAGCCGACGAAUCUUUGUUCAUCAGUGGUACAUUGCAGAAAAAAGUAUAUGAUGCAUCAUUUGGUAUCCAAGGUUUCGAAGAGGGCAUUUUCUUCGGUGGAAGCUCUCUGCCGCAGUGCUUCGGGUUCCACUAUAUUGACAAACCGUUAUCUUUAUACCAUCUCCGCUCUGCCAAGAAAGUUUGAGAAUACAAAAACCAUUGCUAUUCCUAGCGAUUUCUCUAUUCGAGGAUCACUGGGGUUCUGCAGGAUGAUGAGUUUUGCAACUGGGUUCACACCCUUGCAGCCAAAGCCUUUGGAGUCAAUUCUUGAUCUUGACAGGGCUAGGAACAAAUCCGCCGAAGAACUUGCUGACAUUUGGGAUGAUUAUCACUUGGGAAGAGGUCAUAUUGGUGUGUCCAUGAAAGCAAAAUUGUACCACCUGUUGGAGCAAAGAACUGCAGAUUGCCGUUAUUUUGUGGUUCCAUUGUGGAAAGGAAGCGGGUAUACAACAAUGUUUUUACAAGUUCAGAUGCCACACAUGCUUUUCACUGGUCUUGAAGAUUAUAAAGCGAGGGGGACACAAGCUGCUCCAUACUUCACUGCUACAUACUACAGAGAAUUUGCAGAUAGCAAGGACAUGGUGCUUAUUCGUGGCGAUGUUGUGUUUACUAGCAAGCUGAGCGACGCAGAGGCAAAAUGGCUUUUGGAGACUGCACAAUCGUUUUACCUGAAUGAUGUCAGGUACAAACUAGUCGAGCGUUUCAACAAACAAACACGUGAAUUUGAGUUCAAAGACGUUUUGCGAGCGCUAGAUAUGCCAGUAUUGUAAUCGAAGCAAAGAAUAUUUCUUUUGGAGCUAUAAAGAGACGCAGGUAGCAGAUGAAUAAAAUGAUUGGAGAAAAACCAGCUUAUACCUAUUCUACUUCCAACCUUCUGUAUCGCUUCGGUUUUGUUUGGAGUUCUGAAACACAUAAUAUAACGUUAUAGCUCUUUCAGGUUGUCUUCUGUAUCUUAGGCACUGACAUCUUUGCAGAGGCUCUAGCAUUCUUUGAAAUUUUCAAUUAUUGAGGUUACAUCUUUGAUUAAUUUGAGGUGGAUGUUUUAGA